AUGUCCUUUGGCGGAUUUCUUGCGGUUGUUAUAUCACUGUUGGCGUUAGGUGCAAUAGUAGUUACCUUUCCAAAACCCGGAAAAAUUCCAGCUCAAGUACCAUCAGGAAGUACUGGAUUACCAUCAUGGCAGCACGGAACAGAUAUCGAUCAAAAUAGACUAUAUUCGAUAGUCACGUUUUCUUUUCUCCUCCAAAUGUUCGGUGCGAUAUAUGUAUUCAAAUGGACAAACAACACUGCAAAUAUUCCACGAAAAGUUAUUUCGUAUUUUAGUGAAGGCAUUGAUAAGACACGAACUACCACUUAUAAUCGGUUACUUGCAUUCUAUUUAUUAUUUACGGCUCUUGCCGCGUUGGCUCUUUUAGCAUUCAAUAUUGGAAAAUUAUGGGAAGCAUUUGGUCUCUGGCAUAAUCUGUGGGAAAUGGCAAUUUUGACGUUGUUGAAUCAAGGCGGAAAGAUAAAGAGUGUGUCGCGUUAUGUGCUUGGACUUGGAAUUUAUUUUAUUGGUACCAAUACCAUUAUUUUGUUCUUGAAUUGGCCUUUAGAUGCAGUAUUUUUUAAAUUUCAAGGUCUUGUUAUCGACUUUUUACAAUUCAUUUUUUACACGCGUAUUUAUUUGAACACACGUAAACGCGACAGAGAAGAAGCUGAAGCACGCCUCCCAUUAGAUAGUGAGGAAUCCGAAAACGGCGGCGGAAGGCAUGAAGAAGCAUCGAAACCCAUAUUAAUAGAACAUCCUAAGCAAUUGUUACUUUUGGUUGCCGCUACUUUUGAACUUAAUAUUCCACAUCUCAUACACGAUAACAUUCCCGCUUUUUGUACUAUAUGUCUACUUGGAUACACACGGGUAUCCCAGAAACGAAUUUAUUUGCCGAAACCUGUCGCAUGGAAAACUGCCGUCAUUAUUAUUUGGUCGUUCUUCUUGUCAUUAUUGGCGAUUAGACUUUCGUAUGGAGAUAAAUAA